AUGCGUCUCCUUUAUGCAUUUUUGGGAGUAGGAUGCUCGAAUAUAGGAGGAAGGAAGGUAAGAGUGCAGGAGAGAGUGUUUGAGACCCCCCUAGGCGCCCCUAUUUAUAGGAUUUUCGUUCAGAUUCGGGACCGCCGUCUGGGAAGUCGAGACAACGGUCUCGAUUUCGCGUUACUCAGGACCGCCAUCUGGAACCUCGAGACGGCGGUCUCGACUUUGGCUUUAGGCGAAACGGCCAUCUCGCCAAGCGAGAAGGCGGUCUCAUUUUUGGCCAAAUCGAGACGGCGGUCUCAAAAGUUGAGACGACAGUCUCGUUUCAGUGCGAAUCGAGAUGGCGGUCUCGUUUCAGUGCGAAUUGAGACGACGAAGGAUUUAACUGAUGCGUCUUGUAGAGACGGGUGUCCUCUGAUCUUGGUUCUUUCUGCUAUACUUGGUUGUACCGUUCCGGACUUCACAUGA